AAUAAUAACAACAACAACAACAUUCAUUACAACAACUAUAAUAAUUAUUAUAAGAAAAAAUCUCGUAUGCCGCCCAUUUGCCGAAUUAUGACACUGAGCCGUGGCCCGUACAGCGAGCUCGAUAAAAUGAGCCUUUUUCAAGACCUCAAACUCAAGCGGCGCAAAAUCGAUUCAAGAUGCAGCAGUGACGGCGAGUCCAUAGCGGACACAUCCACCUCGUCGCCGGAUCUAUUGGCGCCGAUGUCACCCAAGCUAUGCGACAGCGGCACAGGUGCGGCAUCAGCAGCAGCAGCGGCGGCGGCAGCAACAUCAUCCACGUCGGCGGCAACAUGUCCGAGCAGCACGAUUACCAUAACCGCGACAGCAGCUGCCAAAGCGGCAGCAGCUGCAGCAGCAGCAGCAGCAACAACAACAGGCACAGGAUCGGCUGGCGGGUCCCUGAAGCAUCAACAGACUGAAAUACACUCAUCCAGCAGUGCGAUAACAGCGGCAGCUGCCUCCACAGUGAUGUCGCCGCCGCCGCCAGCCGGCACGCCGCCCAGCGCCAUGCUGGACACUGGCGGCGGCGGCGGUGGCAAUGGGGGCUGCGGCGGGGAGGCACUCUCGCUGGCAUUGAAUGCGCGCGGCACGCCCACACCGCCGCACAAUAAUGGCGGCGCGUCCAGCUCGAGCAACAGCAGCAGUCGUCUGGCCUCGCCCGACUCGCUCGAGGAGAAGCCCUCAACGACAACGGGUCGCAGCAGCGGCACGCCCACCAAUGGGCUGUUGGCCAGCAGCAGCAGCGGCAACGGCAGCGGCAGCAACAAGAUCAAUAGCAACAACAGCAACCUGAGCGUCAUACGCUCCGUCAAGGAGGAGCGCAUCCUGGCCUCGCCCACCAAAAUGCUUGCCUACCAUCAGGAACGGGAAAGGGAACGGGAGCGUGAAAGGGAGCGCGACUUGAAGGCGGCUCCGGGUCAUGUGACCGUGCUGGUGACGCCGUCGCGCAUUAAAGCGGAACCACCGCCACCCGCCUCGCCCUCCUCGACCACACAACGCGACAGGGAGCGGGACAGGGAGCGGGACAGAGAGCGGGACAGAGAAAGAGAAAGAGAACGGGAAUUGGGCAGCUCCAGCUCCAUCAGCUCUUCGCAGCACAUAAGUCGCGGCAGUCCAGGUCCGCAUCCGGGCCAGCAUCAUGGGCAUGCCUAUGGCCAUCCGCACGGCCAUUUGUCGAGCCAUGGACAUGGCAGCUUGACACCCGCCUCCAUUGUCCAAACGCAUCAUCUGCACCAGCAGCUGACGCAGCCGCUGACACUGCGCAAGAAUAGUCCGCCGCAAGAGCUACAGCUGCCGCAGCUCUCGAUGCAGUCCAUGCAGCAGCUGACCCAGCAACAGCUGCACCUGCAUCUCCUUGGUCAGCAGCAGCAGCAGCAACAAUCGCCGCAACAUUUGCAGCAACAUUCGCCGCAUGCACUGAUACGCGUCAAGAAGGAGCCAACCUCAUCCGUUGGUUCUGUUCAGGUACAGCGGCAUCUGUCGCCGCAUCACCAGCAGCAACAUCAGCAGCAACAUCAGCAACACCAACAGCAACAGCAGCAGCAGCAGCAACAGUCGCUGCUGCACUCGGCUUCGCUGCAAUCGCUGCGUCAUCCGAGCCGCGAUGCGGCCAUUUUGUUUCGCGUGAAGAGCGAGGUGCAGCAACAGGUGGCGGUGGCCGCCGCUGCCGCCGCCUCCUCGGGCCUGCCGCAUCUCAUGCAGCCGACGUCAGCAGCGGCAGCGGCAGCUGCGGCGGCGGCCGCACAGCGCAUGGUCUGCUUCAGCAAUGCGCGCAUCAAUGGCGUCAAGCCGGAGGUAAUUGGCGGCCCGCUCUGCCCCUCGCCGCAUCCGUCGUCCUCGUCCUCGUCGUCGCAGCUGUCGCCGCAGACGCCCUCGCAGACGCCGCCACGCGGCACGCCCACUGUCAUCAUGGGCGAGAGCUGCGGCGUGCGCACCAUGGUCUGGGGCUACGAGCCGCCGCCGCCAACGCCCGGCCAGCAGCAGCAGCAGCAACAUCAGCAACAGCAGCAACACCAGCAGCAGCAGCAUCAACAGCAACAUCAACAGCAACAUCAACAGCAACAUCAGCAACACCAGCAGCAGCAGCAGCAGCAGCAACAGCAGCAGCAACAACAGCAGCAACAGCAGCAGCAGCAUUGCCUGCAAACCGCCUCCUCGCCGUCGACCGGAUCAAUAACGCCGACGCAUACGCCUGGGCCGCAGAACAACGAGGAGGCGGCACAGCUGCUGCUGUCGCUGGGCCAGACGCGCAUCCAGGAUAUGCGUCCGCGUCCGCAUCAAUUCCGAACGCCGCACGCACUCAACAUGGAACGCCUGUGGGCUGGCGAUUACUCGCAGCUGCCGCCGGGCCAGCUGCAGGCGCUCAAUCUGAGCGCACAGCAGCAAUGGGGCAGCUCGAAUUCCAGCUCCGGCAGCGGCAGCGGUCGCUCACUCGAGGCGCCGCACGAGCCCACCGACGAGGACGACCAGCCGCUGGUCUGCAUGAUAUGCGAGGACAAGGCCACCGGCCUGCACUACGGCAUCAUCACCUGCGAGGGCUGCAAGGGCUUCUUCAAGCGCACGGUGCAGAACCGCAGAGUCUACACCUGCGUCGCGGACGGCACCUGCGAAAUAACCAAAGCACAGCGCAACCGUUGUCAGUAUUGUCGAUUUAAGAAGUGCAUCGAGCAGGGCAUGGUGCUGCAAGCCGUGCGGGAGGAUCGCAUGCCGGGUGGACGCAACAGCGGCGCCGUCUACAAUCUGUACAAGGUGAAGUACAAGAAGCACAAGAAGACCAAUCAGAAGCAACAACAGCAACAGCAGCAACAGCAGCAGCAGCAGCAACAGCAGCAACAGCAACAUCAGCAGCAGCAACAACAGCAACAGCAGCAGCAGCAGCAACAGUUGCUGUCGCCCAUACAUCAUCAUCAUGUGGCUGGCGGCGGACAUGGUCAUCCGGCGCAAUUGUCGCCGCAUCAUUUGCUCUCGCCGCAGCAGCAACAGUUGGCGGCAGCUGUUGCAGCCGCUGCACAGCAUCAACAUCAGCAAUCGAAGCUGCUGGCCGCUGGUCAUGCGGCCGCUGGUGAGCUAAAGCCCAUGUUCCUGGGUCCGGUGCUCAAGUCGGAGCACUUGCAGCCGCCGCCCAUGCACAGUCCGGCACAGCAGCAACAUCAGCAGCAACAGCAACAGCAACAACAGCAGCAGCAACAAUCGUCGCCGCAUCUGUCGCUAUCUUCCCCGCAUCACCAACAGCAGCAACAGCAGCAGCAGCAACAGCAGCAACAGCAACAGCAGCAGGCGUCGCUGCCAGCGCAUCUGAUGAAUGGCACCAUAUUGAAGACGGCGCUGACCAAUCCCAGCGAGAUUGUGCAUCUGCGCCAUCGUCUGGACUCGGCGGUCAGCUCGUCGAAGGACAGGCAGAUCUCGUACGAGCAUGCGCUGUCCAUGAUCCAGACGCUGAUCGACUGCGAUGCCAUGGAGGAUAUUGCCACGCUGCCGCACUUCAGCGAGUUCCUCGAGGACAAGUCCGAGAUCAGCGAGAAGCUGUGCAAUAUUGGCGACUCUAUUGUCCACAAACUGGUGUCGUGGACAAAGAAGCUGCCCUUCUACUUGGAAAUACCCGUCGAGAUACACACAAAGCUGCUCACGGACAAAUGGCACGAGAUACUCAUCCUGACCACGGCCGCCUACCAGGCGCUGCACGGCAAACGAUCCUCGAGCGCGGCAACUGGCACUGGCACUGGCACUGGCAGCGCCAGCAGUCCCAGCAACAAUCACGGCAGCAACAGGCACGGCGGCUCCCCAGCGCCAACAUCAACGCCAACGGCCAGCCAAUUGCCGAUGCCGCUGCACAAGGAUGAUCCCGAAUUCGUUAGCGAGGUCAACUCGCAUCUGAGCACGCUCCAGACCUGCCUUACCACGCUGAUGGGCCAGCCGAUUGCCAUGGAGCAGCUCAAGCUGGAUGUGGGCCACAUGGUGGACAAGAUGACACAGAUCACGAUCAUGUUCCGGCGCAUCAAGCUCAAGAUGGAGGAGUACGUCUGCCUCAAGGUCUACAUACUGCUGAACAAAGCAGAAGUGGAACUGGAGAGCAUACAGGAGCGUUACAUUCAGGUGCUGCGCUCUUAUUUGCAGAGCUCGUCGCCACAGAAUCCGCAGGCCCGGCUCAGCGAGCUGCUCUCCCACAUACCCGAGAUACAAGCGGCGGCCAGUCUGUUGCUGGAAAGCAAGAUGUUUUAUGUGCCCUUUGUGCUCAACUCGGCGAGCAUAAGGUAG